AUGAGUGCAACUGCUUUGCUGAUUCUGUCUGAGGGAGCUGAAGAGAUAGAGGCGGUGACUGUUGCUGAUGUACUGGCUAGGGCAGGAGUAAACGUUACUGUCGGUGGACUUCAGGGCGAUGGAGUGGUUAAGGGAAGCAAUGGUGUUUGCAUAAAGCCAAAUGUUUCACUUUCCAGCGUUUCAUCACAACUUUUUGAUUUGGUAGUAAUGCCAGGUGGUAUGGGUGGUUCCAAUGCUAUGGCGUCAUCGAAAUUAGUUGGUCAAAUACUUAAAGAGCAUGAAAAACACGGCAAGUACAUUGCAGCAAUUUGUGCUGCACCGAUCGCCCUGGAAUCUCACAAAAUCGCCAUAGGAAAAAAGCUGACAUCUUAUCCGGGCUUUGAGGAUAAACUUCCGAGUUAUACAUAUUGUGAAGACAAAGUUGUUGUUGAUGAUAAACUUGUUACAAGUCGAGGUCCAGGAACUGCGCUGGCUUUUGCAAUGAAGCUAGUUGAAUUACUGUGUGGCAAGUCGAAAGCCCAAACGCUAACAAAAGGCAUGCUUGUUUCACUUUAA